AACAGCAUGCCACUUGUACAAGGCUGGGACCAGCAAGUUUAUAUUGGAAUGCAGUACCUGAGAAAAUAUGCUGUAUAUUGGAAAUGAUAAGAUCAAGAAGAGUUGGCGGUACUCAUCUUUCAGACCGAUCCAAGGUGAUCCUUAGACCAGACUUUUAUUACACCCACACAGCGACGGGGCUCAGUACACUGUGCGCAGUUGGCGUCGUCAUGGUAGCUGCGUCCUUGUUGACUUGGACUGAUUGGCUGACUCCAUCGGCCGUUUCCUGCAUUUUUCUCCCGAGGACAGCAGGCCUGUGGCUCACCUUCAUUCUGAGGAUUCCUGAUCCAUGUUCCAAGAUACACGUCGCCGUCUUCCUGCGGACUAGCCGCCGCCCGCCGGCCGGCGGUCGGUCAUCGGUUCACACUGCUGCGUCCGAGUCAGAUAAUUAAUACUACUGUCCAAUGAAAUCAGUCCGCCAUUGAUGAUGUGACUUUCAUACAACCUCGCUCGCGCAGACGCAUUCUACAACUCUUCAGAAAGGCGCCUCGUCACUUCAUCAGUUCAGUCCACGAAUGGCGAUGGUGCACAUGUUCUUCCUCCUCCUGAUCCCCUUCCUCUCCGCUGGCAUCAUCCUUCCACUUCCACCCGUCGCUGCCGCCGCCGACGGCGAGCAGUUCGUCUACGCCGGCUUCACCGGCUCGAGCCUCGCCCUCGACGGCGCCGCCACCAUCACGGCGGACGGCCUCGUGGAGCUGACCAACGCCACCACCCACCAGAAGGGCCACGCCUUCCACCCGGCCCCGCUGCGCCUCCGCGGGUCCCCGGACGGCGGCGGCGGCACGGUGCGCUCCUUCUCGGUCGCCUUCGUCUGCGCCAUCGUCUCCAGCUACACGGACUUCAGCACCCACGGCCUGGCCCUCGUCGUCGCGCCCGGCGUCAGGAGCCUGUCGGCCGGGCUCACGGACCAGUACCUGGGCGUCACCAACGCCCAGAACGACGGCCGCGCGGCCAACCACCUGUUCGCCGUCGAGCUGGACACUGUGCAGAACAUCGAGUUCCGCGACAUCAGCGCCAACCACGUCGGCAUCGACAUCAACGGCCUCGCCUCCGUGGCGUCCCACGAGGCUGGCUACUACGACGACGACCGUAACGGCGGCGGAUUCCAUAACGUAAGCCUUAUCAGCCGUGCCGCGAUCCAGGUGUGGGUGGACUACGACAGGGUGACCACCCAGAUCGAUGUCACCAUGGCUCCCCUUGGGAUGGCGAGACCCAGCAAGCCGCUGGUCAGCGCCACCCAGAACCUGUCGACCGUGCUGACGGAGCCGUCGUACAUCGGCUUCUCGUCGUCGACGGGCCCGGUGAACUCCCGGCACUACGUUCUCGGCUGGAGCCUGGGCAUAGACAGGCCUGCCCCGGCCAUUGACGCCGCCAAGCUGCCAAAGCUGCCGCAGCUGGGGUCCAAGCCUCGCUCAAGAGUUCUGGAGAUAACCCUGCCAAUAGCAAGCGCGGUCGUCGUCCUCGCCAUCGGCGCCGCCCUGGUUCUGCUCGUGAGAAGGCGCCUGAGGUACACCGAGGUGCGGGAAGAUUGGGAGAUGGAGUUCGGGCCGCACCGGUUCGCGUACAAAGAUCUGUUCCAUGCCACAGAUGGGUUCAAGGACAAGCACCUGCUUGGCGCAGGAGGCUUCGGCAUGGUGUACAAGGGGGUGCUUCCGGCGUCCGGGGUAGAGAUCGCCGUGAAGAAGGUGUCCCAUGGAUCCAAGCAAGGGGUGAAGGAGUUCGUCGCGGAGAUCGUAAGUAUUGGCCGCAUCAAACACCGUAAUCUUGUGCAGUUACUUGGCUAUUGCCGGCGAAAAGACGAGCUCAUUUUGGUGUACGAUUACAUGCCAAACGGUAGCCUGGACAAGUAUCUAUACGGCCAAGGAGAUGGAGAUGACCUCACCUUGGACUGGGCUCAGAGGCUGCAUGUUAUCAAAGGGGUCGCUUGUGGCUUGCACUACCUGCACGAGAGGUGGGAGAAAGUCGUCGUCCACCGAGACGUCAAGACAAGCAACGUGCUCCUCGACAAGGAAAUGAAUGGACGGCUAGGCGAUUUUGGGCUUGCAAAGCUGUAUGAGCAUGGCACCAACCCACAAACAACACGUGUGGUUGGAACCACGGGGUACCUAGCACCGGAGCUAGUGAGAACGGGGAAAGCCACCCCUCUGACGGACGCUUUCGCCUUCGGAACUUUCAUGCUCGAGGUUGCUUGCGGGCGACGACCAAUCAAGCAAGACGAGCAAGGCAACCAAAUCUUGUUGGCGGACUGGGUACUCGAGCACUUGCAUAGAGAGUCACUCGUCGAGGCAGCGGAUCCAAGGCUGCAACACGAGUACAACUCCGAUGAGGUGUGCCUAAUUCUCAAGAUUGGACUGCUCUGCUCACACCCGUCUCCCUCUGCAAGGCCCACGAUGCAGCAAGUUUUGCACUAUCUUGAUGGAGAAUUGCCACUCCCGGAGAUGACACGCGCAACCUUGAACUUCAAUUUGUUAGCUCUUAAGGAGAGAAAGGAGUUGCAUUCCAUGUCAAGCCCAUUCUCAUCGACCACGAUGACCGUUGGCACCAUAUCUGACCUCUCUGGCGGAAGAUGACACACAUGAUGUUUGAUUUUAAUACUGUAUCAUGUACUUGCUCGAAUUCUUAACACCUUUAAAUAAUAUUACGAUACUUAAAAUAUUAGGUGACAUAUGACAUGAUAAGUGGAUCUUGUUAUACUUAAAAUAUUAGGUGACAUAUGACAUGAUAAGUGGAUCUUGUUAACCGUAUGUAGGGCACCUUAACAAACAUAUUCUGGUUUUGAUAUUAUGUAAAUUCAUUUUCAUUUUUACUAUCACACCAUAGUUCAGAUUUCAAUGAUUGCUUGGAAAUAAGAGGUGGGUAAAUAUUGGCAAA